CUCCACAUGCAGAGGAUCACAUGCUCUCUCUCUCUCUCUAGAGAGAGAAUGAAAGUUUGGAACUUGAAAAAAGCAGCUAAAAACAAGAAAUAGAAAAAUCUCUUGCUUUGUCUCUGCUAAUUAUCUUAGUAGCAAUUUCAGACAACAGAAGAAAGACUCUCUCUCUCUCCCUCUCUCUGGGUUUUUCUUGAAAGUUUCUGUCUUUUGGAGCAUUUCCCGAUCUCAUGUUCUUCGGACAGUCUCCGAACAUCGGACAAAGAUCCUGUCUUGUGAUGUAAUGAUUAAAGCUCCUGGAAUCCUGGAACUGGCAAUGGAGAAGUAGAAGUUGCCAUAGAAUGGAAUAGAAUCUUCCUCUGAGAGAAGCUGUAGGGGAAAGUGAAACAUCUGAUUCGGUUUCUCCACUAUCAGAGAUGGAUUCUGAUGGUCAACCUGAAAGUAUCAAGGAAUCUCCUGAUGACAAUAUACAAUCACUUGAGGUUUCGCCGAAAGUAGAAACAGAGAAUGAAGAUGUGAACGAUAGUGAUAUUAAGACACUGACCGAGAAACUUUCAGCAGCUCUCAUGAACGUUAGUGCAAAAGAUGAACUGGUGGAGCAACACGCUAAGGUUGCAGAAGAAGCUGUUGCUGGGUGGGAGAAAGCUGAAAACGAAGUGGCUGAGCUGAAGAAAAAGCUCGAGUCUGCUGCUAAUAAGAACUCCGCAUUAGAAGAUAGGGUAAACCAUCUGGAUGGAGCUCUCAAGGAGUGUGUAAGGCAGCUAAGGCAAGCAAGAGAUGAACAAGAAGAGACAAUCCAAGAAGCUGUGACCAAGAGGACACGGGAGUUUGAAUCUCUUAAAACCCGUCUUGAGAGUCGGAUUGUUGAGCUCGAAAACGAAGCAGAAGCUGCGAAAUCUGAGGAUCUAAGCCAAACAAUUGAAUCUUUAGCGAGGGAGAACUUGAUUCUGAAACACGAGCUCCUUGGAAGAACCGAGGAACUGGAGAUCAGAACAAUUGAGAGAGAUUUGAGCACUCAAGCAGCAGAAUCUGCAAGCAAACAGCAUUUAGAUAGCAUAAAGAAGGUGGCAAAGCUUGAAGCUGAAUGCCGAAAGCUUCGGGUAUUGUCUAAAUCAUCAGAUGGUCAAUCAGAUGGUGGAGAAAGAAUCGACAUGAGUUGCUCCGACUCAUGGGCAUCAGCAUUGAUCGCUGAGUUGGAUCAAUUCAAGAAUGAAAAACCCGUCAAUCGAUCCCUUCAGCCCACUUCUUCUGUUGAAAUAGAUCUCAUGGAAGAUUUCCUUGAAAUGGAAAGGCUUGCAUCUUUGCCUGAGAUACAGGAUGAAACCCGUAAGGAUAUACCUGAAUCGGUAACAGAAGAAAUAGAAGUAUUGACUCAUCGAACUAAGGAAGUGGAAGAAAAACUAGAGAAAUUGCAAGCAGAAAAAGCUGAGCUCGAAAGUGAAGUUACACGCUCUAAAGAAGUGGAGAACACGUUACGAUCAAAGCUCGAAGCUGUGGUUUGUGAAAAAAUGGAGUUGGAAGAUAAGUUGGAGAAGAUGGAAGCCGAGAAAGCUGAAAUGCAGAUAUCGUGGGAUAUAACGAAAGAUAAAUACGAAGAAUCUCAAGUUCUUCUUCGAGAAGCUCAAGCGUUUCUUCAAGAAGCUGAGAUGGAUUUAGAGAAGAUACAAAAGGAGCUGAGUUUGGCUAAUGAAUCAAAAUCAAAAGCUGAAUCUCAGCUCAUCAGCCUGGAAGCAGAAUCACGGAAAACCUAUGAAAAGAUCGAAUCUUUGGAAGAAGACGUGAGAAAAGAGAAGGCGUUAUCGGAAGAUCAAUUGAUUUCAUGUAGAUUCCUGGUCCUUUUUUUUUUUUCUGGGAUCUUCGAAAGGACCCUUUAUUCACCGAGCUUUUAUAUAGUGCAGGAAGACAUAACUGCAGCUGCAGGGAAACUGGCCGAGUGCCAGAAAACGAUUUCAUCGUUGGGGAAACAACUUCAGUCUCUUGCAACACUUGAAGAUUUCUUCAUCGAUACAGCGAGCAUACCUACUUGUUCUCCUGCAGUUUCCGACAAUCGUGCAAACGGUUCAGAGAGCUGGACAGUACACAAGAACGAGGCAUUUUCCAGGAGAAAUCCUACCGAGUCAGAUCUUACCGAGUCAGUGGAACCCGCUAAGGAGAGGUCUACCAGUCUGAGGACCAGCAGUUCUUCAUCUUCUCCAUCAGCUUCAAUGGCUGUUGUGCCAUCGAACCAAGGGAGUUCUGAGAAGAAUCGGAAUGGGUUUGCUAAGUUUUUCACUCGAAGUAAGAAUGGGAUUCAUCUGGAGAUAUGACAUAACCCAACUGAUACUUCAGCGAGUUUUCAAGAUUUCUAGGUUCUUGAGUAGUAGUAAUUGGAAAACAACUGUCCUGCAAAUAUUUUUUACGAUAGGGUUGCUUUGGAUAUUCUCUUUUAGGUUCAGCUUGCUUGUUUGACACUCCCAUAAUCCAGUUCUUGAGCAGCUUUACACUCUUA